AUGGGCCACUCAUCCAAAGCCCACCUCGCCUCGCUCGAAAAAAAAGACCACCACCCCCAACAACAACAACAGCCACCACCCUACACCUACGCGCCCAGCAUCCAAGCCAACGCCUCCAGCAGCACAGCGCCCUACCACCCUCAAGCAGCAAACCCCGUCCUAGGCCCCCCAACCCCCAUCAAGUCCUUCAACAUCACCAACGCGGGGUUCUGGACCCACAAGAACCUCGUCGUCACGUACAACGGCCAGGCCAUCUUACACGUGAAUUCCAAGUCGACGGCCAAGGGCUUCGGGCCGCCGAUUAUUCGGUUGUGUACGGAUCCGCAGGGGGGUGUGGUUGUUGCUGCGGCGAAGUGUAAGAACUGGAGUUCCGGCUGUAAAAUCCUCCUGGGGAACCCUGACGCCGCGCCAAAGGAGGCUUGGGGCGAGGUCUCGAGUGAGAGUUUCUCCGACAAGCAGUUUGGGUUUUAUUUCCGGGAGAGGAAGUUUUUGUGGAAGAGAACCCACGACAAGGCCCUCGGCGGCUCGUGGUUGAGCUCCAAGGACUUCAAACUCGUCGAUUACGCGGACCAGAGGCGUGUGCUGGCUGUGUAUGUCUCGGACAAGAAGAUGUUCAGCGGUUCGCAGGUCGGGCGGGUGGAUUUCAUGGUGGAGCUGGGGCAUGAUUUGGAACUUUUGAGUUUGGCGGCGAUUUUGGGGAUUGAGGAGACGAUUCGGAGGACGGAGGGGGCGGCUGCUGGGAGUGGUGGUGGUGGUGGUGGUGCGUAG